AUGGCUCCCAACCAAUCGAUCGGGGCUCUGCUGACCAUGAUCGUGGUCUCAGGGCCCCUCAUGUUGCCCAUUCAAGCUCAAGUGAUCGAGACAUGUGUGGGUCGGCCGGUGGGGCAGCCCUGCGCCUUUGAACCUUGUGUGGCGGGCAUCUGUUUCUUUGAGACUUGUGUUGCUCAGGCCACCCGGACUGAUGCAACACCGUGCAACACAACCAGCGAUGAUCCGUCCGCGGGCUUCACUGCUCAACUUGGCGUUUGCUAUGGCGGGCAAUGCUUUAUCAACGAUACACGUACCGAUCGGCCUAGCAUUGGCCUCGGUCACGGCCCUCGCCUGACUGCGGGCCCGAGCUACAUUGUCAACAGCGCCGGACAGGCUCUUAUAUUUGCGUCCAACCUUAGCGAUGCUCACAUGGAGUUCCCUGGCUGGUAUCCUGGCUCGACACUUGCUGUCGGGGACCUGCUCUGGCGCACUGCACAACUCCGUGUUCUUGUAACACAGGUUGCUCGCGACCUGGUCAGCCCUCGAGGCGUACUGCAGCUCUCCGUCGUACCGUGUGACCCCAAUGUUCAAGACAGUCCGCACUGGGCCACGCUGGCCCAGGCCCAUAAACUGUGCCUCUCCGCCCCUGAUCGCAAUGCCAGCUGCGCUAUCCUGCACUGCCCCUUGUCGGCGGGAGCCUCACAACCCCGCGUGUGCUUGGCCAGCUUUGCUGCUUCUGCCUGGCGCUCUACUGACACGCUGGGGCCAAGCAUCCCCAUGGUCUUUGAGCGCCGCGAACAUGCAAAUGCCCGUGCACACCUGGAUGCUACGACUACCUGUGAGCCCACAUCAAGUCAAUCGUCAUCGGACCUACGGCUGCCCCGCGUUCCUCGUCCCCUUGAUGCCUUGGGAGACAAUGAGUUGGAGGCUCGCCUGUACCGCAAUGCUACUGCCCUUGGCCUCCCACAGCUCUAUACCUUGCAUUUGGCGUCUCGCUUGGCUUUGCGUGACGCCAGUUUACGCCUUACGCAAGUGCCCAAAUGUGGUUGCUUCGCGGGGCCUGGGGCCAACACUACGGCCCACGACACGGAAGCCUGCGCCUCAACUCUUCAGCUGGUAUUCGGAACGGUCAGCCCAGAUUUGGCCCUGCCCUUUACUUACACGGGCCAGGAUACUUGCCAUCUAGCUCUACACAUCUCUGGAACGCGGCCAGAUGGCAGCCGACACGAGCAACCCAUACUGGUGGCCAGCGAUUGGUCCAACCUGAGUUCAACCGUGCCUGUCCCUUCCUCCAGCGCCUUUGCCUCGAUGUACGCCGAGGUUUUGCAGCCACCGGCACUUUGCCUCAACGCUUCAGCGCCUCUGCAUCUCACCACCCUGACCUUAGUGGGACCUGACACAAACCCCCAAAGGGAGAAGAUAAUCUGUUCUGCCUCGGCUGCGUUUGGAAGCUGCAAACUUGGUGGAACAGUCCGCAUGGUACAGUUUGAGGAUGCCGCUCUGCGCAUCGGCCAACAUAUAGUUCCACGCGUGCUUGGUCAGCCUAACAUUACGCUGACUAGCAAUGCGCAUGCUUGGGGGGGCACCAGCGACUGGUUCCUCUCCGAGCAUGGCAUUCAGUCUUGUGCUCCGAUGAUCGGUCCGCCCAUUACGAUGACAGCCCACGCGAAUGCAAGCACCAGCACCAGCCACUCGCUGCUGCUGCUGCCCGUCACAGCUUUGUCAGAUGAGUGGCGUGCAGUCAACUGGACAAUGCCGGCACCACAUGGCCCUGGUCACAUUAUUGGCCUGCCAGCAUCGCUCUCGUGGCAGACACUUGAGGUAUUCCACCUCACGAGCUGGAUGGCCACCGCACGCUGGCCAGCCCGAUUCGAGGUUCUGGCUAUACCUUUUGUGCUUGUUCCAAACACCACGCUGGGGCCUUCUUGGGACAGCAUGCCGGACUCGCUGUCCAACUUGGCAGUCACGACCCUGCAGCCUGGGCGCAACUACGUCUUGCUUCUUCAGGGCAUCGACCGCGCUGGUGCUUCAAUGCCCCUAGACCCAAUGCACCUAAAGCUGCGGACGCUGCGUGGCACUCUUUCUGCGGACCGUGGCAUGCCUGAGUUUCGCGCUCCGCUGCAAGGAUCCGCAACCAUUGUUGCGCAGUGGCAGCCGCCUUCCUGUGCUUUCCCUCUUCUGGAGCGCACGGUCCUCUUGCCAGUGGCCGAUGAUCCCGUUGAUGUGGCUGUUAGCACCCUGCCAUCGCUACUUACAGCACCCGCCGAUGCCGAUCUGUUUGUGUUGGUGGGUGCAGCAGAUGUCGCGAGCAGAUUGCAGUUGCGCAUGAGCACACCCAUCCCCGGUCUCGAGCUAGACCCCGCUGAGGCCAGCCUUGAUGUCCAUGCGCGAGCCAUGGGUUUUACGCUUGUCAACGGGUCGCUCACUAUUGCACAGAACACCCAAGUGAUGGGCAAUCACAGUUUAAGACUGACACUGGCUGAUGAUGUUGAAGCGAUCCUGGACGUUACCAUUGUUCGCGCCACGGAGCUGCAAUGCGGCCUGGUUUGGCUUGAUGAUCGCAGACCCGUUGGAACCCGCUAUUUGACCAGCGUGGCACGCACCAACUGGCAGCCAUUGUGCUUGGAGUGCACCAUGAUUGACUCUCGAAGUCACACUCACGUGGUAACGGCAGGUCUGAACGCAAGUACCACAAACCUUGUACCAUGGAAGACGGCAGCGGAUGAUCGACUCUGUUUUACUCUGCAGAAUUCGUCAAACGAUGCUGUGCACUUGGCAGUGUCACUCCUUGCCCUGCACGAAGGCGUAACUUUACCCCUUAUUGACUCCACUUCUGUGGUGCAAGGAGUCGUCGCGUUGUCGUCCAAUGGCCCCGCAGUGGUGCGCGGCUUGCCCAACGCCACUGUUGCCCUGCCAGCGGUCCUCGUCCUGGAGAAUGGCGCACGUUUGCCUGCUACACCGGCAACACUGGCGCGCUUUAACCUAACGCUGGCAGUUCCUGUCAACGAUCAGGGAUUGACAGUGAUGAGGGCAGCCCCGCCUGUUUUCAGCACGCUGCACGUGCGAGGCACUAGUUGCAAUAGUACUGUCUCGGUCAUGGGUCCGAGCAUCAACGCAAGCCUCUCACUGGCGGUUGAGGUUGAUGGCGAGUCUGGGGACUUGCAUUGGACAGACGAUGGUCAGCUUGGCUUACAUACUUGGUGGUCGGCGAAUCAGAGCGUCAUCAGACCCAGUGGCCUGGCGGUCGCUGUGCAAGUCGUGGGCCAGUCUGAUUUUGUUCAGCAAGUGCGCGGUUUUGACGGCUGCUUAACAUCGCUCAACGUCCAAUUUGGCACACCUGCCGUUGUCACGCUCUUUGUCAUCUGCCACGAGCCUAGCCUCUGGAAUGAGGAUAGCUUCUUGCUUGCCCAGAUCAACAAUGGCAAUUUAGCGGAAGCCUUUGACACCACAUUGCUGUCACUUGAUGUGUGGUGGUCAAACGGCAGCUUCACAACUAAAGUGUCAACGCCGCGGCCCAUGCCAGCAGCGUCAAGGGCAUGUGGGAACGCCGCGCACUCGAACUGGACCAAGGCUUACGAAGCGCGGCAGAUCCCAAAAAAAUCAUCUUCCUGGGCAGCCUUGGAUGUUACCGGGGAUGGUGGCUUUGAUAUUCGCGAUGCGGCCCAAGUCUUGCGACUGGCGUUGGAGGGGACCUCGGCUACGACAGCUUAUUUACGUAACAUGGGUCCUGAUGCAUGCUUACGGUGCUUGGAUAGCACGGCUGAUGGGCGUGUGACCAUCGAGGAUGCACGCCUGCUGCUGCAGGUUUUAGCUGGCCGUGCCUUUGUGCCUACGUUGCUGACGCAAAGCUGCCCAGGCGCUGUUGGUGUGAACAAGACCACAUCCAACAGUUCCGCUUCCACAGGGCUGGCAAACAGCACAGGAGAAAACAUAAAUGAAGGCGCAACGGAGAUCAGCCAAGCGAAGGCAGUCUCCGCAACUCGUUUGUCCCUUGCAGGAUGGCAAGCUCCGUUGGCCCACCCCUUUUUCUGGGUCGUACGUUUAUCGAACGGUAGCUUUGACCUCUGGGCCAGCCAAACUGAGUUGGUCGACGCAAGUCCUCUCGCCACUCGAAUGUCUGCUGCCUCUGUGGAAGAAGUCGCGAUCAUUUGGCCGGCCGAUGACCGGGGCCAGCUACUGGCUUUGCAAAGCGGUGCUGGUACUGUAAACAUGUACGAGCCACAUCUCUCUGUACCCUUACAGGCUAGCACGAAUAGCACACCCUCCGUGGCGAGUGUGGCUGCGCCUUUGAUUGAAAACCUUGACCCAUGCGUUCCGGAAGGGUUGCCAAUGGCCAUGUCUGACGAUGGUGCGGUGCCCCAAAUGGAGUCGUAUGCUACCUCAUUCGGGUUUGGUGCCUUGAGCAUUUGGUUGCAGUGGACAGAGGCACCUGUUUUGGAAAUUCACUUGUCCGCCAGCACAAAGUGGAAAUCGCAAACUUUAGCUGGCCAGACGCUCGUCUUGGCGUGUGCCAAUGCAUCGAGUUGCGACCUGUGCUGGAGGUUUGGGGACGCCGUUGGCAACAGUCUGGAGACAUGUCGGGUCAUCGUAGCCAACUGGACUUUCGCUGAUCCGACGGGCCAAUUUUGGCACCACGUGUUUUUCGGUGUAUGGGGUGAUGAGCUCUGGUGGGCAGUCGACGGUCAGCUGUUGUGGCGCAGUCGGCGUAUUCUGUUGGCCUUGCAACAGCUGCCAACACCGUUUACUGAGCACAAUGUGAGUGUCUCAGGCUUGACGCCGCCGCGUACGCAAGCCGUAGCGGCUGGUCUUCCCCAGAAUCGGACGCAGAUGCCCGAACUGCUGGCCGCCGCAUGCAUGUGCUCCCGCCCUACCAUCAACAUGCUCAACCUGACACUACGCCUCCCAUCCGGAACGGCGAGGGCGUGCGACCAUGAACGCCAAAGCUUUGUUCAGCAGUUGGUUGUCAUCGUUGCCAGCAUCCUGCUGCUGCCCGACCGUGACGUGGUCCUAAAUAACUUAAGUUGUACCGCGUCUGAGGUCGACGCAGCAUUGUUGGUUCGAACUGCACCAAAUCAUAACAUCACCGGCUUGGAUGUACAUUGCAGUCAACUGUUUGCGUUCGAAUUGUUUAUAGACGAGUGGCAGAUUGCGUGUCUUUGUCCAAUCGGAACCUGCCCACAAAGUGCAGAUUGCCAUGCCUCUCGGCACGGGUCAUUUGAGUGCACGCAGCCCGUAACGACGAAGAUGGUUUCCACUGCUGCGGGCAGUUUUGCAGACAAUGCGGAACAGCGCCGUGAAAGCUCAGCAUGGCCGGCAGUGCUGAUCGCGCUUCUCCUUGGACUUUUGUCUGUCAUGUUCACGGCCCUCAUCACGUAUGUCGCCGGCAUAUCAUAA